UUUGACCCCCCCUACGACGGUUGCCCAACUUGAUAACACUCUGUAUUAAGUACCGGUACCACGACCGUAGUGGUUCAGUGAGUCCGCGAGUCCGUCAGACAUUUUCAGUAUUUCAUCGAUAAAGUAUUACGAUCGAAAACUUCGCGUGAUAAAUCGUCGACUGGUUAAAUAGUAUUCGAAAUGGGCAGCAGUCAAUCCGCAUUAAAUUUCGGGGCCGGGCCCGCCAAACUACCACGAGAGGUCCUCGCCGAAGUUCAAGGUGAACUCCUAUCUUAUCAGAGCACGGGAAUGAGCCUGAUGGAAAUGAGUCACCGGUCCAAGGAAUAUGACCAGAUUAACAAAAGCUCCCAAGACUUGAUUCGAGAACUCUUGUCCGUACCGGAUAAUUAUAGGAUAAUAUUCAUUCAAGGAGGUGGUUUGGGAGCAUUCGCGGCAGUCGCAAUGAAUCUGAUAGGUCGCACCGGUAGCGCGGACUACGCUGUGACGGGUACCUGGUCGGACAAAGCCGCCAAAGAAGCACAGAAAUAUGGUACCGUCAACUUGGUCUUUCCGAAGGCCGACAAACCUGGUAGCGUGCCGGAUCCCGGUCAAUGGAAGCUAAAUCCGGACGCGUCGUAUUUUUACUAUUGCGACAACGAAACCGUAGACGGAGUCGAAUUUCCAUACAUUCCGGAGACCAACGGAGUACCUAUCGUGGUCGACAUGUCAUCGAACAUAAUGACGAGGAAAUUUGACGUAUCUAAAUUUGGGGUAAUUUUUGGCGGCGCUCAGAAGAAUAUCGGGCCAGCCGGCGCGGUCGUGGUUAUUUACAGAGAAGAUCUCAUCGGAAACGUGAUGAAGAUCACUCCGUCGAUAUUCGACUUUGGGCAAGUGGCCAAAAACAACUCCGUGUUAAAUACUCCGGCUACGUUCUCCGUGUACGUAAUGGAAAAAGUGCUGCAAUGGAUCAAACGUAAUGGCGGCGUCGGAGAAAUGGAAAACCAGUCGGCUAAGAAGAGUGGCUUACUGUAUAACACGAUCCGAAACUCCAAUAAUUUCUACAGCUGUCCGAUAGACGAAAACGUCAGAAGUAGGAUAAAUAUACCUUUCAGAGUGGGCGGACCGAAUGGCGACGAAACGCUUGAAGAAAAGUUUCUCAUCGAAGCAGAGAAUAGGUACAUGUACCAGUUGAAGGGACACAGAUCUGUGGGAGGCAUUAGGGCUUCUUUAUAUAACGCAGUUUCGCUUAGCGACGUCGAAUUGUUGGUGAAGUUUAUGAAGGAAUUUCAGUCUCGCAACCAGUAGACGUUACAUUUUAUCUUGAGGCACGAAUAUGUUAUGUACAAAAUACUUUAGGUCUGUAACUUAUUUAAUUAUUGUUAAACUAGUUAAGAAUUCGACUGCAUAUAAACUUACUGAUUUCUGAUUGUGAUGGGAAAAUGAAGUCUCGACUGUAAUUUAAGAUUUAGCGAAGAAUAAACGAAUUUAAACAA